AUGGAGGUCGACUAUGGCACAGUAAUGGCGGUUCAGGACUCUUGGGAUGUGGUCCUUCAGAUUCCCAAUGUAACACAAGUGGCGGGAGAGCUGCUCUUUAGGAGCAUCUUCCAAAUUGCUCCGGGAGCUUGGAAUCUGUUUCCUUUUGGCAAGGGGUUUGAGCAGAUUGAUGAUGCCAUGUUUGCAAGUCCCGAGUUUCAGAAACACGCCAAGAAUGUGGUUUCCAUGCUGGAUACUGCUGUCCAGUUCUUGGGUCCUGAUCUACAGGUUUUAGAAGAACAGCUGGUUUCGCUCGGAGCCAGACAUGUCAGAUACGGAGUUCUGCCAGAACACUAUCCCGUUGUGGGGCAAGCGCUGCUUGAGACUUUGGCUACUGCCUUGGGAGACAAGUUCACUCCUUCUCUCAAGGAAGCCUGGACAGGAGUAUAUGGCUUUGUCACUACCAACAUGCUCAAGGGAGCCAAUGAGUGUUUGCUGAGGCUCAAGUUUCCUUGCCAUGGCAUGGAUGCUAGCACUGACAUAUCGCUGGAUCGGUAUGUUUCCAGUAUGCUGCCUGCACAGAAACAGCUCUUUUUUGUCGACACCAACUCUCCAUCAGAGGAAGUUAGUCAAACUCUUGACAAGUUGGACAAGGCAGGUGUCACAGUCCUGCUGUUGAGCCAAACACAGAGCGAUACGGUUGUCGCCAACUUGGAAAAGUACAUGGGCCGCAAAAUGGUCAAUGUCAAUGACACGGAUAGCUUGGACCUAUCCUUUCUGGAAACAGACAAACCUGCCCUCAAGGCCAAGAAGGAACCACGAAGAAACUCUCCAACAUCUGUCACACACGUCGAGGGAGGCCUGGGGAUGGCACAAGCAGAAGACUUUUGUGCUUGGUUCCAAGAAGAGCUGGGCACUGAAAAGGUCGUGGCAUGUACCCCCACCUGUCGCUUUGCGUCGCUUCCGGCGAGGGUGAUUCGACACAAGGGAGAGGAUAUGCAAAAGGCUCUCCAAACGCUGGACGACUUUGAUUGCAUGCCACUUCCCAAGAAACAUGUGGAGAUCAAUCCGGCGCAUGACAUGAUUGUGGAGAUGGACAUGAUUCGCCGGAGGCAUCCAGAAAUGGCACGGUUACUGGCAGAACAGGUCUACGACAACUGCUUGAUCAAUGCAGGAAUCAUGGAAGACAGUCGAUCGAUGGUCAACCGCAUCAACCAGAUUUGCAUGGGGUGGAUGAAAGAAAAGAACCGCAACUCUGAGGAAUGUUAA